AUGUCUGCGAGUGCAACAACUCCACCGGCUAGUGGUGGUCCCUCCACAACAGGCCUCGAAAAAGUGGCAGAAACACUUCAUUGUCCAUUAUGCUUGGACUUCUACAAAGAUCCUGUGGCUUUGACAUGUCAGCAUAACUUCUGUCGUGACUGCAUUAAACGGGUGAGAACCAGGGCAGUUGGUGUUUGCCAUGCACUUGAAUGCCCGCUAUGCAGGAAAAUAAUGCAGCUGAGCUCCCGAGAUGGGGUCGACAACAUUCCCAAGAACUUCGAGCGACAGGCGAUUGUUGAAACCUUCCAAGCAGCGGAAAGAGAGCAUGCACAAACUGUAAGAUCAUUGAGGGAAUCAGUAGAAGAAUCAAUUACUCAAGAUUUGGUGAAACAAAUUGAUAAAGUACAUCAAAUUCAAGAACAAGAAAAUGAACAGAUGGUGGGACUGGGACGUGGAGAAAGGGAUGUGUUCAAUGCUGCACCACAGCCCCUGUCAGACAACGUUUUCUUCUCUCAAAGUCAAACACACUCCGGAGUUAACCCAGGGGUACGUGAACAGGAUACAGCUCCUAGUGCACCCUUUCAGCAAGAAGAUUGUUCUUCAACACCGCAGCAGCAGCAACAGCGACGUCUCCAUCUGCUGCAGCAAGAACAGAACAGACUGCAGCUAAAGCUCGAGCAAGAGGAUGUACUUGAGGCAAGGAGGAAUAGACCUCAGCAACUGCAGGAGCAAGAGUGGCGUCGACAGCAAGCUGACAGAUGGAAUGAACUGCAACCACAAUCGGAGGCAGAGCACCAAAAUGUAAAGCAAAGUAGUACAACUAGCUUGCCAUCGUACGCUCAGCAACAACCUUACCAAUAUCCACCAAUUCUUCAACAUUCACAAAGUCUUGAGCAAGAGGGCAGUGCGCUUGAGGCAAGAAGGAACCAACCUCAGCAACCACAGGAGCCAGAUUGGCGUCGACAGCAAGCUGACAGAUGGAAUGAACUGCAACCACCAUCAGAGGCAGAGCACCAAAGUGUAAAGCAAAGUACGAGUAGCUUGCCCUCGUAUGUCGAACCACAACCUUACCAAUAUCCACCGAGUCUUCAACAUUCACAAAGUCUUCCUUAUCCACUGAUGCCCACAUCUGGAAGUUACCCGUACCCUAGCAGCGAUGAUAGCCAGAGCUAUGGUUAUCGCAGCUACCCAUACCCGUACCCUCACAAAGAGAAAACCACAACCCCUUCCCCACAACCAUCUUUAUCGCUGUCUACUAAAGAAACAGGCUGUAGCGCAUGCCACUUCCCUGCUUCAUCACAUUGUGCGGAUUGCCUUCGUUUCUUCUGCUGGCAGUGUUUGCAAGAUCUCCAUAAUCCAACAAGGGGCCUCUAUGCGGGCCACAAAGUCACCGAGCUCACAGCAUGUAUUUCACCGUCAGAAAGUGGAGAUACUUGUCCAUCGUUUCCAACCCAUGGUUCUUCUGUCCCACCAACUCCAAUUAAGCAAGACCCGACAGUCACUCUAAACACAGCCAUGGCAUCAUUGAACGUUGCUGGUGAACUUGCUGUGAUGGGAGUCACUAAACAAACUUAUAAAAUUCCCUACUUCUGUGGAAUCACUGCCAUGGGACCUGGGAAGCAAAUCACUGUUUUUGGACAACCAGCCAAGAAUUGUAAACGGUUCCACAUCAACUUUCAGCUUGAUAAGAACAGUAAAACAGGAGACAUUGCUCUGCAUUUUAACCCUCGACUCACUCGGCCUGUUAUGGUGGUUCGUAACUCCAGAAUGAAGGGGCGGUAUGGUUCAGAGGAAAGGGGCGGACCACAGUUUCCAUUCAAGGUUGGACGUCCUUUCAAGCUGGAAUUUAUUUGUUUGCUGGACAAGUUCGAGGUUCGUGUGGAUAACCAGUACUUCAUCUCCUACAAGCAUCGUAUCCCUAAUCUGUCCACCAUUGAGACGUUCGUUAUUGCUGGUGAUGUGGUAAUCUCAAAUGUUCUUGGCUGUGCUUAAUAUAAGGUUGGUCUUAAAGAAAACAAAAUCAGACUCACUUAUUAUGGUCCUUCCAAAACUUUGUUUAUAUUAACAUCCAACAGAGAUGACAACCAGGGCCAAGUUCCUUAAAGCCUGUUAGCACAACAACUUGCUAAACACAGCAAGUAUACCAGCCCAAAUUACAUUAAGCUUGCAUUGUUGUGACUGGCUAAGCAAAGAAAUUUGUCAGGCAGUAUUUUCUGCUCAACAGCUUUAUGAAACUGUGCUAUUGCCUAGUAAAGUGAAGUACACAAGAGCACAAGCAAAAAUUCUCUGCUAGCCCUGGGAAAUACGCUUGAUGCAAGCAUGGACUAAAUCCAGAAGACAUUUAAUUGUUAGUGCUUCUUUUAAAGAUUGUCCUAUAAUGGCUCAUUAAAUCUCCUUUAGUUAAGCUAUAGUUAUUUUCCGUGACAGAUUACAGUUUGAGAUACUGUUGCUGAAAUAGACUUUAGUGGAUGAUGCUUGUUUUUUCUUUUUAAUAAUCUACUACUUUUUUUACUCUACAUUGUACAUAAAGUAAGUAAAGAGAGACAUUUUGCUGAGUAGUGUAACUUAACUUGUUUUUCUAAGACACAAGGCUUUAGUCAAAGCUUGGUAUUAAGCCUGGGCGACGUGUGCAGCUAGUGUUGAAGUCACGAUUAUUGAUUGCUUUAUAGUCAAGUUGCGACUACUGUGUUUCAACUACCCGGUUAAUUGGCUGCCACGACUACUACGAAAAUAGUCGAAGAGCUUAGACUGUUUUUGUAGUAGCUCUACUACAAAAAAUAGUCAUGAACACCUCUAUGGUGAGCCAAUUGUUGCACGCCAACAUAAUUUACUUAUGAAACACAAUCAGACAUCGACGACACAAUCCUUCAAUCCUUUCAACAUGAAUUUUGCUAUUAUUGCGGCUGCUGCAAACACUAUGCAUCUUGGGAAUUAAGAAUAAGUCGCGACUAGUGUCGUAGUCGCAACUAUUUGAGGCGCAACUAGUUCAGGAGUGAAUUUUACUAGUCGCCCAGGCCUACUUGAUAUUCCAUUUAAGGAAUAGCAAACACAUUUUAAUAUUUGGUUGGUAAUAGUAAUUUACUGCUCAUAGGCUUAAUGGAUGAUCAAAAAAAGCGUCCAGAUGUUUAACAGUUUGAUAACAUGAAGUUGUGUCAUCUCAUUGACAUGGUAGUGCGAGGUGAUGUAAUGGGCUUAAAGGCACUGAACACUAUUUGUAAUUACUCAAAAUAAUUGUUAGCAUAAUUCUUACUUGGUAGCGAGCA